GCUCCCCCGCUGCGUAGCUGGGCGCGCCGGCGGCGUACGGUCCACGCGCUCUGCAUGCCGCCAUGAAGUUCGCCUACCGGUUCUCCGGCCUACUGGGUACCGUGUACCGCCGCGGGAACCUCAACUUCACCCGCGAUGGCAGCUGCCUCAUUAGCCCCGUCGGGAACAGGAUCUCCCUCUUCGAUCUGAAGAAUAAUAAAUGUGAAACAUUCCCACUGGCCACACGGCACAACAUUGUGUGUGUGGGGCUCUCUCCAGAUGGAAGCCUUGCCAUCCUUGUUGAUGAAGAGGGAGCUGCCCUGCUCGUCAGUGUGAUUGGUAAAUCUGUGAUUCAUCAGUUCCAUUUCCACAAGCCAGUGCACAGUGUCUCCUUUUCCCCUGAUGGCAAGAGAUUUGUGAUUACAAAAGACAAUGUUGCUCUUAUGUACCACGCUCCUGGGAAGAAACGAGAAUUCAAUGCGUUUGUUCUGGACAAAACUUACUAUGGUCCAUAUGAUGAAACAACUUGUAUUGACUGGACUGAUGAUUCCAAGUGUUUUGCAAUUGGAAGCAAGGACAUGUCUACAUGGGUGUUUGGAGCAGAGCGAUGGGCAAACUUGAUAUAUUACUCACUUGGUGGGCAUAAAGAUGUAAUAGUAGCCUGCUUUUUUGAAGAGAACAGUCUUGAUCUAUACACAGUUAGCCGGGACGGAGCUCUCUGUGUGUGGCAGUGUGACACGGAGCUUGAUGAUCUGAAGCCCAUGCCCCCUAAAGAAGCUAGGCAAAAGAACAGAGUAAAAGAUGAUGAUGGAUUUCUUGAAGAACCUAAGGGUGAAGAAAUUCAUGGAAAAGCCAAUCCAAAUGAGCAGGAGAUGAGAGAGAAGGUUAAAUAUACACGUGUGGCAAAGUAUUUUUUCAAUAAAGAAGGAGAUUUUAAUAACCUGACAUCUGCAGCUUAUCACAAGAAAACACACCUGUUGGUCACUGGUUUUGCUUCUGGAAUCUUCCACCUCCAUGAGCUUCCAGAUUUCAAUCUGAUACAUUCCUUGAGUAUUUCAGACCAAAGGAUAGCUUCUAUUUCUAUCAACUCUACUGGUGACUGGAUUGCUUUUGGAUGUUCAGGUUUGGGUCAGCUCCUGGUGUGGGAAUGGCAGAGCGAGUCCUACGUGCUGAAGCAGCAGGGCCAUUUCAACAGCAUGGUUUCGUUGGCUUAUUCUCCAGAUGGGCAAUACAUAGUAACUGGAGGAGAGGAUGGGAAAGUGAAAGUGUGGAACACUUCAAGCAGUUUUUGUUUCGUCACUUUUACAGACCAUAGCAGUGGCGUAACUGCUGUGACUUUUACUUCCAGUGGUUAUGUAAUUUUGAGUGCUUCCCUGGAUGGAACAGUACGGGCUUUUGAUCUGCACAGGUACCGCAAUUUCCGUACCUUUACUUCUCCGCGACCAAGUCAGUUCUCUUGUUUGGCUGUGGACUCCAGUGGUGAGAUUGUGUCAGCUGGUUCCCAGGAUUCCUUUGAAAUAUUCAUCUGGUCCAUGCAGAGUGGGAGGCUGUUGGAUGUCUUAUCUGGUCACGAGGGCCCCAUCAGCAGUUUGUCCUUUAACCCAAUGAAGUGUGUUCUCGCUAGUGGCUCUUGGGAUAAAACUGUCAAGUUAUGGGAUAUGUUAGACAGCUGGAGAACUAAGGAGACACUAAUGUUGAACUCUGAUGUACUUGUUGUUGCUUUCCGCCCCGAUGGCAAAGAGCUUGCAGUUGCUUCUCUGAAUGGACAGAUAACAUUUUGGGAUCAUGAAAAUGCAGUUCAAGUUGGCUCAAUUGAGGGAAGACAUGACCUUCAAAUGGGAAGGAAGGAGCUUGAUAAAAUAACUGCCAAACAAUCAGCCAAGGGGAAAUCUUUUACCACCCUGUGUUACUCAGCAGACGGGCAGUCUAUUUUGGCAGGUGGAUUGUCAAAAUUCGUCUGUAUUUACAACGUCAAAGAACAGAUUCUUAUGAAAAAAUUUGAGAUCUCGUGCAACUUUUCUUUAGAUGCAAUGGAGGAAUACUUAGAUCGGAGAAAAAUGACUGAAUUUGGCAGCAUGGCUCUGAUAGAUGAAGGCACUGGAGAUGAAGAUGGUGUUGCUAUCCCUCUUCCUGGAGUAAAAAGAGGUGACAUGAGUUCUCGACACUUCAAGCCAGAAAUAAGAGUAACCUGCCUGCGAUUCUCUCCUACAGGACGAAGCUGGGCAGCUACCACCACUGAGGGUCUUCUUAUCUAUUCAUUGGAUGCUGGGCUAAUUUUUGAUCCUUUUGAGCUGGAUAUUGAUGUUACACCCAGCAAUAUACGCAAAAAACUGCAUCAGAAAGAAUACACUGUGGCUAUUGUCAUGGCCCUUAAGCUCAAUGAAAAGAAGUUAAUUCAGGAGGUUAUAGAAGCCAUACCUGGUAAUGAAGUUGAUGUUGUCUGCUCAUCGCUUCCAGAUCUCUAUGUGGAAAAGGUGUUGGAGUUCCUGGCCUCUGCCUUUGAGAUAUCUUGUCAUUUAGAGUUCUAUCUUAUUUGGGCUCAUAAGUUGCUCAUGCUGCAUGGACAGAAGUUAAAAACAAGGUCACAGAAGCUGCUCCCUGUGAUUCAGUUUCUUCAGAAAAGCAUCCAGCGGCACUUUGAAGAUGUUUCCAAGCUCUGUGAAUGGAAUAUCUACAAUAUCAAAUACGCAUUGGCCAUUUCACAACAGCGGGGCGUGAAGCGUGUGGCAGAAACAUCGGUAGAUGAAGAAGACUUGGAGUCUGACAGUGAUUAUCUUAUGCAAGAAGUUCAUAACGACAAUUUCAGUUCCUAGUUAUUCUUCAUGGGAGAAAACCUAAGACAACAUUAAUUUAUGCAGUGGUAUUCACUGGGACUGAGUGGCCCUCAUAGUGGCAUAAUUUAGCUCUUCUUAACAGCGUGGGGUGGGCUUGCAUGUGGGUUACGGAAGUGGGAGAGAUUUAGGAUAGACAGUGCCAUCUGUGCUUUGUGUAGCCUCUGUCCAUAACACCAAUGACCCAUUGCUUGACAGCGCUGAUUUCUUAGAUUUUCUUACUGUUCUCAAUUUCAGGUAAGAUAAAAACAUGUUUUUAUCUGCGAAGUUAGAAGUAUGACUGGAAGAAAUGCAUUCUUUAUUAAAAACACGUUGUGUAUA